AUGUUGUCCAGGAAAGGAAUCAUUCCUGAGGAUUACCUGCUGACACGCUUGGCUGAGGAUGUCCUACAGCCGAAGUUUAAGGCGAAAGCGGGCAAAGCUCGCUUCGUCGCAAAGAACGGCACCUGCAACGUAGCGCACACCAACAUCCGAGAGCAGGGUCGCUUUUUACAGGACGUCUUCACUACUCUGGUGGAUUUAAAAUGGCUUCACACGCUCAUCAUCUUCACCAUGUCCUUUCUGUGCAGCUGGCUUCUCUUCGGGAUGAUUUGGUGGCUGGUCGCUUUUGCGCAUGGCGACCUGGACCUGAGAGGAGACGACUUUGUCCCGUGCGUAACGGACAUUCGCUCUUUCUCCUCCGCCUUCCUCUUCUCCAUAGAGGUCCAAGUGACCAUCGGCUUCGGGGGUCGCAUGAUCACGGAGGAGUGCGUCUCCGCAAUCAUCAUCCUGAUCGUGCAGAACAUAGUCGGACUCGUCAUCAACGCCAUCAUGCUCGGCUGCAUCUUUAUGAAAACGGCGCAGGCGAACAGGCGCGCGGAGACGCUCAUUUUCAGCAAACACGCGGUGGUGUGCAUCAGAAACAACAAACUGUGCUUCAUGGUCCGCAUUGGGGACCUGAGGAAGAGCAUGAUCAUCAGCGCCACCGUGAGGAUGCAGGUGGUCAGGAGAACCACCACGGAGGAGGGCGAGGUGGUUCCUCUGAAUCAGAUCGACAUCCACAUGGAUAACCCUAUUGGAACUAACGGGGUAUUCCUGGUGUCCCCACUUAUCAUAUGUCACGUGAUCGACAAGAGCAGUCCUCUGUAUGAGGUCUCCGCCUCUGACCUGCUGCACGAGGACAUCGAGGUGAUCGUGGUGCUGGAGGGGGUGGUGGAGACCACAGGCAUCACCACACAGGCUCGCACCUCUUACGUUGGGGAGGAGAUCUUGUGGGGGCAACGCUUCGUGCCCACUGUGUCCGAAGAGGACGGCAUGUACGCGGUGGACUACUCCAAAUUCGGCAAUACGGUGAAGGUGCCGACCCCAUUCUGCAGCGCCAAGAAGCUGGACGAAGUAGGAGGCCUCGCGCUCUUUAAGAUGAACGAGGGCGUCACCCAGCGGGCGUCUGUGAGAAGACGGCGUGGGGGGACGGCUGUCCGCAAGAGCAGGAUGGACAGUCGCUGA